AUGGAUGAAUCAAUUUUAAACCAUUUAUUCCUUCCGCAUCAUCUACCAGAUUCAGCUGAUGAAGAUUUUUUGAUAAAAGGCAAACACGAGAAUGAAUACAAACUACUUGAAUGCCUUAAUGAAUAUUUCAACUCGGUUACUUCUGCUCAUGUGCCGUUUACUCCACCCGUUUUUCGUAUUUUCCAUGAUACUAUCAAACGUUGGGCUGUGCUUCAGAAUCCUCAAAAUCUGUCGGUACAAGAUAUACAAACCACCCUUGAAAAACUAUCAACUGGAACGCUUCUUCCACUUUAUUUUCAUGCGCAAAAUGCUGCAAUUCUUAUCGAAAUCGAUGAAACGAAUCAGCCGAUAGUUUCAGCAUGGGAAGUCUUAUUACCAAAUUCCACCAUCACCUCGUCAAUCACGCGUCACUACUCGUGUUUUCCAGUAACCACAUAUCGAUUAUGUGAUCGAGGUCAACUCAACUCCAAAGUGCACUGCGAAAUUCUAGCAGAUUUCAUGUCGAAUACGAUUGAAUAUUCUAAAGCACAAAAAGCAUCUCGUGAAGUCGAUGAAAUACGCGAUGUGCCCGAAUCACAUUAUGUCUGCCAAUGGUGGAUUCAACAUUUUCAAGAAUUGACAGAUAAUCAUGCGACUGAAAUCUGCCUUCCAUUUAAGAAAAAACAUCGUGAUCAAAUCCGGUCGCACCGUGAAUUGGCACCUUUUCGUCGCUCGGGACUCUGGAUGACUAUCAAAGUGGUAGUACAAACUAUUUUAACGAAAUCUUUGAAAGAAAAUGCGAUUAUCAUUUAUAAACUAUUCGUAACUCAUUUUCUCACGUACAUUAUCUGCACAAGAACGCCUCCAGUCGACUUAUUGGUGCAUUCGAUCAGAAAAAUUGUACGACGAUUGAAUAAAAUUGAUCAUUUACCAAUUGCUUCAGCGUCCGAAAGUAUAAAUCAAUGGAUUGAAAAUACAAAGAAUGACAUACAAGAUAGUAUCAAUCGGAUCUUUCCCAAAUCGGACUGGCAACAAGCGGUCCGCAUGAAUGAGAUCCGAAAUGAAGAUUUGUCAAUGGAGGAUUUCCAUUCGGAUAAUACAACGAUUUGUAAACAUUCAUGUGCCAGGUGUAUGUUUCAACGUGGCUUUUCAAACGAAAAGCGACAUUUUCUAAAAUAA